AUGGGUGUGGUUAUGGAGAAGGUUCAGUCUGCUAAAAACAGACUGAAUGAAGCCUUUUGCAGCCUACUUACAGGCUUUGAGGCCUCCAUGUUGGCGGCUACCGCCCAUGCCGCAGAAGUUUCCGAACUCAAUCGGAAGCUUCAGGUGGCCGAUGAGGAGAUCGACCGCAUCAACAAGCGGUUCGAUGAAACACAAGUCGAGGUCGAGACCCUCAAAGGUGCCCUCGCCCAGGCCAAGAAAGAGGCGGAGGCGAAUAAGGCGGCCGCUUACAAAGCGGCUGCAGAGCUGAAGACCGAGCAAACUUCCCACCGCCAACAUGAAGCUCGGGUGGCCGAAGUUGAGCAGGAGCUCAAGGAUGCCAUCAGCAAGUGCGAAACCUUGGAGCAGAAGACUUCGGACCAGUCGUCCGAGCUUGCCAACGCUCUCCAUGAUGCUAAAGAGGCUCUGAUUGAAUCUCGGAGUGCUCGCGAGGAGAUCCAGCAGGCACGUUUGUGGAUCUUUCGAGGAGUGUCGCUGAUGCCGCAAAGUUCUUUCGAGCCCGAGGGGAACUCGACCGAGAAGCUAUUAUGGUCGCAAUUUCUCAUGUCGGAGCACCCGACGCCUCUUAACGACCAGCUGAAGCAGUUGACGGAGCUGCAUAGGGUGGUCGGCUUGGCCAUGAAAGAUCUAAUAAUCCAACUCUGGCCAACCGAGCCUAUUCCCUGCAGCUACUUCAGUUUGAGAGAGAGAGACGAGCUGGAGGAUGGUCAGAGCCUUCAUAAGGGCUUCGUGGGAGGCAUCAGAGAAGAAGAUCACCACCAUCACCAACCCUCGGAGCUCCCCCUGGGCUUCCGGAGCGCCCCGCCACCGCCGAUGAUCGCCUCUUCCUCCAUGAGCAAGGAGUCGACGAGCUACGACAUGGCAGAUUUUGAUCAAACGGCAAUAUUUCUCUACCUAGAUGGUCAUGACCCACAGUCGAUUCAGGAACAACGACAAACCCUGAACAUCUUCCCCUCGCAGCCCAUGCAUGCCGCCGAGCCGCUUAACCCUGCUGCAAAGAUUAAUGGCGGCGCAGUCAUGGCGGCCAUGCUUGCUAAUGGCGGUAACCCGCAGCAGGCGUCUCCAAAGAGGCCUGAACAGCAGCAGCUAGUGCUGCAAGGUGCCGCCGGCGGCCCCAAUGCAACACCCUUGCUGACUGGUUCAGCCAAGGACAACAAGAACAGUGCCAGUCUCAUCAAGAAGGAAGGAACCAGCAGUGGGAAGGGUGCAACAUCAUCUAGCACAGACCCAGAUAGGGAAGGGAGCAGGAGAACACAGGACCCUAAGACACUGAGGAGGCUUGCACAGAAUAGAGAGGCAGCCAGGAAAAGUAGGCUCAGAAAGAAGGCUUACAUCCAACAGUUGGAGACAAGUAGGAUUAGGCUAAGCCAGAUCGAACAACAGGUUCAAGCAGGAAGAGUACAGGGUGUCUUGUUGGGUACUGGAGAGCACCACCAAGGCCUUCCUUCUGCCCCUUCAUUUGCUGGUAUGUUUGAUGUGGAGUAUGGGAGAUGGGUGGAAGAGCACAGCAAGCUGAUCUUCCAGCUCAGGGCAUUGUUGAACGACAAUGCGCCGGACAACCAGGUGCAGGUGUUGGUCGGUGGUGCCAUGGCACAUCAUGAAGAGUUGCUAAACCUCAAGGCCGCGAUUGCCAGGAUCGACAUUUUCCAUCUCUUAUGCGGUGUGUGGGCCAGCCCCGCAGAGCGUUGCUUCCUUUGGUUGGGUGGGUUUCGACCCACGGAGGUCAUCAAGGUAAUGUUGAAGCAAGUGGGGUCUCUGUCGGAGGGGCAGCUCCUGGGAAUCUACAACCUCCAGCGCUGGGUGCAGGAGACGGAGGAGUCGCUGAACCACACCAUGGGGACCCUCCAGCACUCCCUCUCCGACACCAUCGCCUCCCCGGAGGCCGCCGCCGGCAACUUCAUGGGCCACAUGUCGCUCGCCCUCAACAAGAUCUCCUCCAUGGAAGCCAUCGUCAGGCAGGCAGAUGGGCUGAGGCAGGAGACCCUGCACAAGCUGCACGGCAUGCUGACGGUCCGACAGGCCGCCCACUGCUUCGUCGCCAUCGCCGACUACUUCCACCGCCUCCGCGCCGUCAGCACCCUCUGGGCUGCCAGGCCACGGCACGACGAGCAGGGCCCGCCGGCGCCGUAGAAGAAGACCAUGGGCACAAGCAACAGCAGCGGUCGAUUGAUUGCGAGAUUUAGCUUAAUUAAUUAAGGUCCAGCAUAUGCAUGCAUGCACACUGGGAGAGAGGGUGUGCGUGCAUGCACGUGUGGGAGUUCAGCUCUCGGUCGAUCUGCACAUGUGAAACUUGCAACUUAAUUUUGUAAGGUGUACAUACAGUGUUAGCUGCUAGCCAGAGAAGAAUGCUAGGGUAUUAGUGUGGUGACUUAAUUCCAACCAUUUUUCUUCCUAGCUAACUGAUUUUCAGCAACUAUUGGAUAAUUUAAGUUCAUCUAGAGAAAAAUUGAGUUGGAUAUGGUCUGGCGGAUGUUUGCAAGAAA